GCUUCGCUGUGCCCACAAAACCACUCUCUCUUCGAAGGGAAAGAGUCGUUGCUAUACUCAAACAAAUCCUACACGAUCAUAUUUACAUCAAGACAAUAAUUUCUCCACUCAAGAGUCUUUUUAAUUAAGUUGUUACCAGCAGGCAACAGAGCAAAGAAUACCAUCUUAGAGCCAGGAGUUAUUUUUCUGUCUUUCAGACUGAGGUCACUGCGUUUAGAGCAGAAAACAAGCCUUUGAGUUCAGGCUUCUGGUCAGGAAACAUUGAUUCUUAAGAAAUCUCAUCGCAAAGAACAUAUAGUUAUAAUUUCUCAAAAUGAGGAAUGCUCUUCUUCCAACAGCAUCUUCACACCUUUACAACUUCGGGAACAAUAAGGUUCAGAGGCCAAAUCUGGAAGUCUCUAUGUCAAUGGAUGCCAAAAUAAAUGUCCAUGGUACUAGCUUUUAUUUGGACUCCAAAGUCUUCAAUGAUGGCCACCAGCUACGAGAUGGAGGCUUCUGUAUUCCUUAUGAAUCCCUUGCUAGCCAUCAACCAGUGGCUGGCUAUCAAUCUGCAUCCUCUACCUGCAGCAACAUCCCACAGCAGUCAACGCCACUAAGCAAGAGGGUCUCUAUUACAGAUGUUCAAAUGGACUUUCAGGCCAUGCAAAUGAGGAAAAGGUCAAUUGAUGAGCUUACAAACCUACUACUUCAAAGAGAACCUAACGAUCUCAUUGAAAACAAGACUGCUUUGAGUACAUGGAAGACUAAAAAGAGAAAGAAGGAUAAUUCCCCUCAAGAACCAUGGAAUCACCAAGCCAGAGAAUCACUCAGCAUCCAAGAGCAAAAGUUGCAGGUGCCAGUGAGAAGAAGCAAAAAGCUGAGUGACAAAAUCACAACUCUUCAAAAGUUGGUCUCUCCAUAUGGCAAGGCAGACACUGCCUCUGUUCUACUAGAGGCUUCUCUUCACAUCAAACUCCUUCAAGAGCAAAUCCAGAAUCUGUUUCAGAUGCUGACAAGCUCACGCAAUAGUACAAGACCUAUUCAACAGUCACAGGAAACUGACGGUGAACUGCGAGACCUGCAAAGUAGAGGACUUUGCUUGGUUCCCAUAUCGUUUAUGCAGAAAAAUGACUCAGCAGCCAGACCAAGUUGAUCCUAAUUCUGAUCCAAGGAAGAUCGUCUAUGCCAUAAAUUCCUAGUUUCUGCCCCCAAUUACACAUAUUUAGCUUGACCUCAACACAGCAGAAUUUUCUUCUUAAUCCACUUUAAAGCUCCCAUUAUCAAGGAAACUAGUCACUUUCAUACUUAAGGGCACCAAUUUUGAUUGGUAUUUGGUGGGAUAUUAAGUUUUUUGUUAUGUUUGGGGACUUGACCUAUAGAGAGAUCUGAUUUCUUGUUCAUCUGCUACUGCCAUUUUACUCCUUUCCAUCUUUUUUCGUUAGGCCUGUGUGUUUCCCUUGUCAAAGUUUCAUGAACAUGUGGUACUGAUCGAUUCAAGUGGGGCUGCCCUCACAAUUCACAAUUAAUUUGAGGCCAUCAAUUCACAGCA